UCGAAACGCCAUGCGGAAACGAAAUCGGAAUCAGUUCAGUUCUUAUAAUAUAUUUUGUCAUGUUCGCUGGCAGACAAUUUCGUCGACAUCGCCGAUGGAUGGUCUAUUUCCUGGGCUUUGUGAUCUUUCAGUUGGUUCUAUCACUUCUGUUUCUCCGUAAUAGAAUCUAUAAUGAUUUAUCAGUAAAUGGGCUAAAUCAAAAUGAAAACAGUGGAGAUUACUUUCUUGACUGGCGCGAGUUUAUAUCCCAUACACCUAAAAGAUCCGAGGACUUUUACCAGUACAACCUUCGUCUUAGUGACACUUUGGGAGUAAUACGCGAAUUGCCUUCGACAAGACAUCAAAGUUGUGCUAACCGCUCCUUUAGGCUUCCUCCUCCGGAAAGGGGAAAUGUGAGCGUGGUGAUCAGUUUCCACAACGAGGCGCGUUCGAUGCUGCUGCGCACUUUGGUGUCCCUGCUGGUUCGCACUCCUGCGGAGUUUCUGCACGAGCUCAUCAUCGUGGACGACGGCAGUCGGGAUGUCACCCUGCUGGCUGACCUAAAGAGAUUGAUGGAGGGGGUUUACGCCUCGAGGGAUCGCCUGGGGCUCAUCUUCCUAUUAAAUCAAGAGCGGAAAGGUCUGAUUUGGUCGCGCAACAAGGCGGCAUCGAUGGCCAGUGGACACCACGUGCUCUUCCUGGACAGCCACUGCGAGGUGAACGAGGGCUGGCUGGAGCCCCUGCUGGAGCGACUAAAUUCGAGUCCCAAUCUGGCGGUUAGUCCCCUGCUCGACCCCAUUGACCCCACGACCCUGAGUUACCGCAAGGGCAACGAGAUGCUGAAGGGCGGGUUCGACUGGUCGCUGCACUUCCACUGGCUGAGGCGCCAGUUGGCCGGCGGAGAGCUGCCCGAGAUGGCCUACAGAAGUCCUGGCUUCGCAGGCGGUGUCCUGAUGAUGUCACGCGAUUGGUUCCUUAAGCUCGGCGGCUUCAACUCGCUGCUGAAGAUCUGGGGCGGCGAGUCCAUCGAGCUGGCCAUCAAGCUGUGGCUUUGCGGCGGACAAAUUGAGAUCGUGCCCUGCAGCCGAAUCGGGCACAUCUUCCGAGAGCGCCACGCCUUCGUUCCCCCGCAAUCCGACGGGCGGAUGAGCCCUGCCCAGGAAACCUAUCUGCACAACUCGAAAAUCAUCGCCGAGUCCUGGCUGGACGAGUACAAAAAUAUGUUCUACGCACUGAAACCGGCGGCCAGGCGCAUUCCACUGGCUCACAAUCACACCUCCGACGGGAUGCGGAUGCGGAUUGGAUGGAUGCAGCGAUUUAGGAGGGAGAGGCACUGCCAUAGUUUCGACUGGUAUCUGCGGCAUGUGAGUCCCGAACUAAGGCUGCACUUUGACGAGCUGUCGGCGACGGGAACGCUGAGGAACGAGGAUCGCUGCCUGCACGCCGGGCCGAAGGACUCCCACCUGGUCCUGGCCAACUGCUACCUGAGCGACAUCACCCAGUGGAGCCUGAUGCGCGGCAGCGGACAGCUGAGCACCCAGAGGGAGCUCUGCCUGGGAGUGGCAGCCAGGAUGCGGGUUUCCCUGGAGCCCUGCGGCAGGAGCAACGGAAGGGGGAAGGCGCAGCGGUGGAGGCGCCUCGGCACCCGCCUCCUGCACGCCGAGACGCACCUGUGCCUGGAUAAUCCACUCGGGGACCGUCUGGAGCUCAGCUCCUGCCGCUCGCAUGCGGUCUCGCAGUCGUUUCAAUUUGCAUUGGAAAUGGAGUGGAGUAAACUUGGCUAAUGAUCCCGAUUCCUGAUACGCGAAUCGAUGCCGCUUAGCUGGUGGGCUGCAGCUGGUGGGGUUGAGUCCGGUGGCAUGCAGGUAAAUCAAAAUGCUGACAUGUUGCGCUAAUCUCUGCGAGGCACUUCCGCUGCCGGAGCAACUCGACCGUAGAUUACGCGCGGCGGCUGCCGGGGAAGCAGUAAAUUAUGGCGCCACAGAUACACGACUCCUUGCUGCCUGCCGCCGGCGGGCUCCCUUUUUUCGAGGCUAUCAAGACUCGCAGCGCUUCCUGGCGCAUCCGUCACACGGGACAGGACACAAAGGGCGGUGCGGCUGGAGGCGGGGGCGUGGCAGAUAAAGGCGGCGACGCGGCGCGUAUUGUGCGGAUUGUUUAGGAGCUCCUGUCAUCAGUCGGCGAACAAAAGGCGAAGGCAAAGGCGGAGGAAAAGGCGGUGGCAAAGGCAAUGGCAAAGGCCGGCUUCCCCUCGGCGGCAAAUGUAAUUGAGUUGAUGACAAUGACGGUGGCACCGACUGCCCGGCUCGCGCUUCCGGCAAUUUUGAUGGCCUCCGGAUGGCGGUGACAAAAAAGCGGCGACUCCGGAAACGAGACCAAAUAAAACAGGAACGGCAGCAGGAACAGCAACAGAAACAGCAACCAGCAACAGAAACCGAAACUUUAAGGAAGGAAGGGAAAACAGAAGUUCGUGCAACUGCAACUGCAACUGUCGCAACUUGAGAUUUGUUUUGUUUCGCCAUUGUUGCGGUAAUAAAGCGUAAAAGUUAA